AUGGACACUGCCUUUUCGGGCGAAGCCUCUGAACAUUCCCCAACAAGAUCAGACUCAGGCAACCACAUCCAGGCGGGUUGUUGGUAUGAUGGGCUCAAAGUGAUUUCCAUCCUAGGCCGACGUGGCAUGAACCCUGAUGAUGGAACCCCAGAUAUUGACAUCGUUCACGUCACUGGAUUGCGUCGCGAGUCCGAUCGGCUAAGCAUCGACUCAAUUCUAAAGAGUAGUAUUACUACACUGCGCAGAGAGAUUAUUUUUCCAUGUGACAUCGCCCAGUUGCUUAUUGGAGAUUUUACACGGGAUGUAGUGCAUACCACGGCUCUUCGUCUGCUCAACAGUCUAGCAUGUCUCGCAGACAAGGACGCAUCGAAGAGAAACCAAAAGUCGAAGCAUGCUAUCAUCUUUGUGGCCUAUGACCUUGGGGCUUUGAUCCUCAAAACGGCUCUUUCGGUAGCGGAGAAGGAGAGAUACAACUGGCCGGAUACUUUUACAAGCUCAGCGAGAGUGAUAUUUUGUGGCGCUCCACAGCGCAGUGAUAGUCUCUUUAUCAUGGAAUCCAAGUUAUAUGAGUUUCUCCAUGACGACAAAAAUGCGCCCUGGCUGCACUUGCUCACGCCAUCAUCCAUUCGAGGGCUCGCACAGGCCGCACUCGAGUCAACGGAUGAGUUUCUCAGCUCAAAGUUUACCUUGCGGGGGCGCAUCGCAUUCGACGAGGCGGCUGCGACUUUGGGCGUGCCGCUCGAAGAGUCACUGGGCGAGAUGGAUUGGGACAAUGCGGACGCUUCCUCUCUUCUAGCUACCAAGGUAUGCCACUUGGUUGAACAGUGGGUGCCCGACCCGGAUCAGGUUGCCGCCGAGCAAACGCUCCUUUCUUUAGCCGUCCCUGAUAGUCCAUUUGGUAGUACCAAGCCGUUGGAGUCUCACCCGAUCCUACAGGACACAGAGCAUCAGAAAUGGAUCGAGGGACGAGGACAUCGCUUGAUAUAUGUUCACGGAACGGACAGGAAUGCCUCAAUCGUAGCAGCUGAGCAGAUUUUUGCAAAAUGCAGACAACGGAUGCAGGCGUUAGGCAUCCCACAGGGGUGCGCAUUCUCGUUCAGCUUCUCUUCUCGCGACCCUUUGCGCCGCUCGGCUUCCUCCAUGAUAUGUACCAUGAUUUCUCACGAUCUCACAACGCACCGAAAACAGACCGCUCUCCACGGACUGGUCUUGGACCAGUACCGUCUACAAAACGGGUGGACCGAGCAGGACGCAAUGUUGUGGCUCAAUAUGAGAUGGCUCGGGGAACUCUCAAGCUAUCGCUGCAUCCUGCUUCACGACUUUGACGAAUGCGAUAAACAGAGUCGAACCGCUUUUCUCAAUUUCUUCAAUAGUAGAGCAGAUGGGUGCGAAUUCAACGCCAAGAUAUUGGUGACGUCUCGACAGCCAGGCGCCCUGUUAGAUGAGGUGGCAAGAUGGCCAGAAAUAAACAUUGAUCGGCUUUGCAGCCCUGAAAAAACAGUAAAGGGUGCCGGGAGUCUCGAGGGAUCUGGCCUUGACGGCUUUGCAACACCAGCCUCUACGUCACGCGACCCCUUCCGUCUUCUUACCGAUCUUGACCUAACAAGGAUAUACGCUGCAAGACUUGAACGGGGCCGCCAACACCUUAAAGCUAUGGAUCAUGACAGGUCAAGCUUCAUCCUCGAGCUACUCCAGGCCCACUCAGCCUGGCCCGAAGAUAUCUCGACGAGGUCGCUAACCAAAUUUGCCAAUCUCUUGGACCGUAUAUCACCAACCACCACUGCUAAAGAUAUGUUGGUUAUAAUACUCCAGUCUCUACCUGAUACUGGGGCUGUGCAAUGGAUUCUCAAGUGGUUGGUACACAGCUACCGGCCCUUGACACGGGUUGAACUUGCCACCAUUCUGUACCUACAGCCAGUCAAGGGCGCACAGCCGUCAUCGGAUGCGUCGCCGGCUGCUCUAGCUGAGGCGCUUUCCAAUAUUACCAACUGGCUUAGGGGCGUGGUAGACUUUUACCAGGACCAGAUGGUAGUUCGAAGCGAGGUUUGGAACAUAUUCAUGGAAGACGCAGGCACAGAAAACCGCCUCCUUAGGGACAACAGCGAUAUAUGCCAUUCGACCAUUCUCGACUUCUGUCUUGCCUAUCUCAGCGAGCCGGAUGUACAGGAAAAGGCAAUGCGGAUUUAUCAGUUAUACCUUUCACAAGUCCGAAGAGCAGCCGGCAACAAAAUAUCCCCUCCAAUGAUGCCAGACGGGAGAGAUCCUCUAUUCUACUUCAUCGUGGCCCUACCGUAUCACGCAUCACAGGACCCUUGCCGCCGGGAGAAGAUUACAACGCUACUGAAAAACAGAGACAAAUGUCUUGAAGUUUGGUCCAAGCUGUGGUGGGCGAUGAGCAAUUCUCUCUCGCGACCAAGGGAGCCUCCACAGUAUGCUUACCCACUCCUCGCCGGCCUCGGUCUUGUCGACUACCGUGAACUGGGGACUUCAUCUAGAGGAAGAAGUAAAAUCUUAAUCUUGGCGGCGGCGAAUAAGAAAAAUGACGUCGUGAUGGACUUGCUGGGCACUCGGACGGAUUACUCGUUAUCCACGCUCACCAAUGCCCUUGAGGCGGCCACAAAGGCCGGUGAUGAAGACCUUGCUCUCUUAAUCGAGAAGGUGCUAGAAUUCUGGUACAAGCCCAGCCGAGAACAGCCUUUGAACGUCCAGCAAAAUAUGUCGUCGCCGCCGUCUUUGUUGUGGAGAGCUGUGCAGUUGAACAUGGUCCGACUGAUGAAGGUGCUGUUAGAAAACGGCAUGAGGGCUGAUCCCGAAAUCUUUAACGACUACUUCUUUCCCUCGCCACUUCACAUAGCAUCUGUUUUGGGUAACGCUCAUGCUGCAAGAGUGUUGCUGAAUCAUGGCGCGGAUCCUAAACAUGAGCAAAUUCGUUGUAUCGCCUUGAUGAGGGCCUCCGCGGCGGGACAUGGUGACGUAAUUAAACUGCUCCUCUCUAAAGAACCCUCACUACUGCAUGACACAUACCCAAUGGAGGUGCUUGGUGUUCUGGGGAGGAGGCAGUGGCAGCUGUCCACGCCACUCAGCAUGGCAUCGUGUACUGGGCAUUGGAAGGCAGUGGAAGCUCUUCUCCAAGCUGGAGCCGAUCCAGACCCCGAUCUUAUGUAUGAAGUAGAAGAAGAAGAAGGAAAAGAAAACGACUGCUCAGUUUCUCCGCUUUGUUUUGCUAGCAUGAAGGGGUGGUUGCAAACAUGCGAAGCACUUCUUGAAAAUGGCGCAGAUGUAAACCGACUAGGCUAUAUGGGCAAGUUCGACGCUCUGUUUUGCGCCGCCGUCUUUGCUGCCAGCGUUCCAUGUUGCUGGGCGCUCAUUGCCCACGGAGCAAACCCGAACGGCCAAGCUCAACCUCUACUAGUUGAGCUCGUCCUUGGCAGGUCCUAUUUGCAGCCUCGGCCUGUCACAGAGACUAUUGCCGUCUUGGACGUAUUCGUAGACCAUCGUCCACGCCUCGACAUUGACCAGACCGAUUCGGCUGGUUUAACGGCGCUCAUGCAUGCCUCUAAGAGGGGCAGUCUUCCCCUUGUCAAGUGGUGUGUUGAACACGGAGCAAAUAUCAAGGCAGUGGACAACCAAGGGCAAAGCCCCUUGUUCUACGCUGUCGAUGCUGGUUGCUUUGACGUGGUCAGGGACUUGCUUAAGUGGGAGGUGAACAUAGUAACCGACACCAUCCUGCAAAGGGCCCUCGACGGAGGUAAUUUGGCCUUGCUCGAGAGGCUGCUCAGGGCCGGAGAAGACUCGGACUCGGCCUCCGAAUCUGUCAACACGCUCAUUAGAUUGGCUAUACACGCUCGCAAUGCAGAUGCUGUGAAGAUGCUCAUCAAGUUCAAGCCAGACAUCAACCGCCUGGAUGAAUAUGGAUGGAGCCCUUUAUGCGAUGCUGUCGGCUACGUCCCAGAUGCUAAGAUAGCGAGACUACUAAUUGAUGCCGGCGCUAACGUGAGUCAAAUACUUGAGGAUAGUAGAAGGAACCUUAUGCAUCUGGCCAUGGGAGCAGAUGCCGACGUGAUCUGUCUCUUGUUUGAGUUUCCCAAGGCCGUCGAUAUAGACCACCGCGAUGAGUUCGGCAACACGCCCCUUCUGGUUGCAGACAACUCGACAAAGGUUGAAUGCGUCAGGCUUUUACUCAAGGCCGGCGCUGAUAUCAACGCACAAAACUCGGAUGGACUCACACCACUGAUGAACGCCAUCGCGUGCGACGCGCCAUCUGAAGUCAUCCAGUGUUAUUUAUCUCAACCUCAACUAGAUCCCAACAUCUACUCAAAGAUCCACGGCAGCGCGCUGCAUGUUGCUUGUCGCACGCUCGACAAGGACAUUGUUAAUGGGUUGAUCAGAAUCGGGUCCGACGUCAACCAGCACCUGCCAGCCCCGGCUCUCUCGCCACUUAUCGUCGUUUGUAUACCAUUCCCAGACGUGAGUCUGAAGAAGCGGGAAAACACCGAGUACAUUGUACGCGCUCUGAUCCGCGCAGGCGCUGAUGUCAAUUCCACGAGCAAGAUGGCUCAGCACGAUUCCCAUCGUGCCCUGUCCACGGCUUCUUUGUGGGCCAGAACAUCCACCCUUGAGAUUUUUCUAUACCAGGGCGCCGACGUCGAGGCGCGGGAUCCUGUAGGCCGACAAGCUAUUCACUUUGCCGCUGCUAACGGCGUAGGCAAUCUUCGCGCCGUAAUGCGAUUUCGCGAGGGAAGCGUUGCUAUAGCGGACAACUCCGGGAAGACGGCUCUGCACUGGGCUGCGCAGUUCGGGCGUUUGCAGUCUUUGAAGUUGCUUCUAUCAGGAAUGAGCCCGGAUGAGCGGACGAGACGUGUAAACGAGCCUGAUAUCGACGGCUGGACGCCUCUCUGCUGGGCGAUGCGGACGUCGCCUAUCGUAUGGAAUCAUAUGUCCGAACCGUUUGAAUGCAAGGGCUUGGUUGAGUGCCUCCUCCAGGAAGGGGCGGAUCCGUCUAUCCAAUGCUGGAUAGGCGAGGGCCAGGAUAAAGAAUGCUUUACACUGCUCCACCUCGCCCAUCUACAUGAUGCUGACGAGAAGAUGGUCGCUUUGAUCCGAGACACCCUGACAAAGGGCAAAGACACUCCUCAAGGACGGACAGAGUGGGAGGGGAAGACUUGCAGUCUGUAUAAGCCUCGUGACGUCUUGUGUGAUGUCUGCCUCUGUCAAAUCCAUGGACUCGAGUAUGUUUGCAAGACGUGCACAGACUUUCGUGUUUGUAAAAAGUGUUACGGCCGUAUCGAUAGGUAUCACCAGGAUUUUGAAGACGAUAAUGGGACGUUGUCGGCACACAUCUUUGAGGUCUCUGAUCAUGAGGAGUUUAUUGACAAGUCGGAUAUAGUAGACACAGGGGAGGAUUCGGAUACAGAUAGGACAAAAGUAGACGAAGAAGAAAUUGAGCAGGAUGGUGGAUGCAGCUCCCAAUAG